AUGUCUCCACUUCAGAUAUUUCCAGUUUCUCCCCACAUAGCCAUGACUAAUACGAUAAUGCAAAAAGAAUCUCUAAAAAACAAAGUUUCGUCGGCGAGCACAUCGUAUACUGUAUCAACAGAGGAUUAUAUCAACCAUGACAACGAACCACAAUGGACGAAAAAUGCAAAAGCAAAAAGUUUUUGCAUCAAAAUGCUUUCAUCAGUAUACGCUUUGAUCCUCACAAUGGUUGCAUUUGUAAUCGAAAUCUCCCCGACGUGGCGAUCCGAAGAAAUGUGGCUACCGUAUUCCAUAUUCUGUGUUCUCAUGUAUACUGUAGCAGUUGCAUAUUUUACGUAUCUCUAUCUAUUCGUUUUAUAUCCGAAUGUAAUCAACACAUGCAUUUAUUUUUUAUUCCGUAAAGAAUACAUAAUGAAUCCGUGCAAAUGGAUACUCGAUGAGCCUGUAUAUAAUGGAGAAGGAGCAGGUACAAUGUAUUUACGAGUUGGGACUUUAUUUUUCGGGUCAAUGGGAAGUGUUCUCUGGGGUACUGAGAUACUUCUCUGUUUUUUUGAAAGUCAGCGACAUGGAAUCUACGUGGUCAAAUAUUCACUUGCAGUGAUAUUCACCUAUAUGCAAAUGCAUUUCAUUUUUUUGAAUUCUAAAAUCUCUUUAAAACGAACCAACAUAAUUGCAAAGUUUGGAUUGAUGCAUUCUGUUGCAGUCAACCUUUGGACAUGGCUCUCGAUCUGUCUUAUAAAAUCUAGUAUCAAACAUGCGAAAAAGGAAAUUAAAUACGCCGUAGAAGAAGCCAAAAAUAAAACGAGAACAGAAACUUAUACAACUUGGUCGUACGAUUUCACAAUGGACGAUUUCGGACCACACGAUAAACAACUACGAGCAAUCAUCAAACUUGGAAGCAAUUCAAAUCUUCUUCUAACCUGCCUUGUUGAGUUUUCUCUCAUUGCUGCAGUCAUUUGUUUCAUUAUUUGGAAAAAUGAUGAUCCGAAUCCAGGAGAAUCUCCUAAAAAGGAAAAGAAAAGAAGUUUUCGAUUUGACUGCAGUGGCACUUCUACUGGAAUAUUCUUGGGGAUUAUCGUCCAUAUCAUCUCUACAGUUGUAAUCGGAAUGCAUGGAAUUCUGAUGAAAAGUCAAAAAUCAAUGGCGGCUGAUCUUUUAAUCGGAUUCACUGAUCUUCUGAUGUUCCUUGUCACCCUUCUGGCAUGCUUUCUGGCAUUUUUUCAAAUGAGAAAACUGCAAUAUAGAAUUCAUUCUCACGGAGAAGUCAUUGAUGAUAUUCUAUUGAUUGUUGGGCUGGCAGGAGAAUGUGUUUAUUCUUGUGCUGGAAUGGAUUUAUAUUUGAAUGAUAGAUUGACAAAACAGACAGUCUCAUGGAUCACGAUUCCUUCGUUCGUGUUGAGAAUCACAGAAGUUUUGAUUCAGACUGUGUUCAUUUUAUUCGCGUCAAGAAUGAGAUGUUACAACUACGCAACUCGGGAAAGUCAUCCUGGAAAACAAGUUAUCACGUUUCUUCUUGUCUGCAACAUCAAUCUUUUCAUCUAUCACACCUUUGAAACAAUGGAAUCAAACUUUGGUUUUCCUGUCAAGCUUCCUGACAACUACUCGGUGAUGUUGAGUAUUGCAUCUCCCAUUGUUGUCUUCUAUAGAUUCCACAGUUCCGCAUGUUUGGCAGAGAUUUGGAAACACACUUAUUCGAGAAAACAUCAUGAGCAUUUGAUUCACGAACCGGUAGAUUUAGCAGAAAAGAAUGUCAUAGUUGAUAAACUGUAA